CAUUUCCCAUCUGACCCAGUGGAGAUUAUUUGCCUCGUCAAUAGCCAAGGAGGUUUGCCAGCAUCAUCUUUCUCUUCCCUCUUGCAGAAAAAAAAUGCCCCGCAGGACACAGCACCUGACAGUGGCACCUCCCCUAAACUGGGAUUUCUUCCAGAGGAGGAAGAGGAGGAAGCAGAUAAUCGAGAGAAGGAGCUCCUGACGGAACGGAUCCAGUCGCUGAAGGAGGAGAAGGAAGACCUUACGUACCGGCUGCCAGAGCUGGACCAGCGGGGCUCCGAUGAGGAGAACCUUGACUCGGAGACAUCAGCCAGCACCGAGAGCCUGCUGGAGGAUCGUGUGGGAUGACAGGACCACACAGGAAGAGGCAAGCCUCCCCAUCCUUUUCAGUGCCUCACUCCUCCACCAAAAAUGUGUGACUGGAUCACCAAGCAUUCUGCCUCCACCUGCCACUGCAAACCCCUCUCUUGUCUGUGUAGCUGUGAGGGGCUGGCCAUCCUCUGCAGCUGCUCAAGGGAAGGUUGCUCUGGCAAAACCUGGGUGAUGUCCACAGCAAAAUUCAACCCAUGCCUCAGGAUUGAAACACUGACAGGCUGUUCCCUCCUAUGCCCCACCUGGACAGAGGACCACUUCUCCUUCCCAGCACCAGGGUCGCUUGAUCCAACGUGAACUUGUCAAGCAGCCAGAUGGCUGUGUCUGGUUCAAGAACAAUUGGACAAGGGAAAGUUUUGGAUCCUUCUCCUUCGUGUUUUUCUUCCAUACCCCCUUAAUUAGCCCAAAGGAAUCAUGGUGGCUGCAACAGACAUUUCACAUGAUGGUCAGACAGGAGCCUGCUGGCACUUCUCCGGGCUGCUGAACUCCAAGGCUGCCCUCCUAGUAAAUGGUAACAAUUCUGACCCAUCGCCGUCUUUCUGCUCAGAGGCUUGGAAGGGCUCCCCACCUCUCCAAACAAUUCCACUCAUUGUGCCUUCCCC